AUGGCCGCGCUGCGGUUACCAAGAGCUCCGGCCAUGGCCGCCCUGGCCGGCGCGGGCGUUCCGUACCGUAUCCCAUGCCAGGAGCAUCCCCCGCCCCCGCCGGUGCGGGCCCUCCCCAACAGGGCCCCCCUGAACGCGCUGCUCACCUCCUACGGCCGCCGCGGCCGCAUCCAGGACGCCCAGCAGCUGUUCGACCGGAUGCCCCGCCGCGACGUCAUCUCCUGGACGGCGCUCCUCACCGCCUACGCCGACGUCGGCGACCUCGCCUCCGCGCGCCUCGUCUUCGACGACAUGCCCCUCCGCAACGCCGCCUCCUGGAACGCGCUGGUCUCCCUCUACCUCCGCGCGGGGCGGCCCGCGGCUGCGCACGCGCUCUUCUGCAAGGCGCCCGCCAAGAACGCCGUGUCCUACGGCGCCAUCAUAACGGGCCUCGCCAGGGCGGGCAUGCUGCGGGAGGCACAGGCCGUGUACGGGGAGAUGCCGCCGCAGUGGAGGGACCCCGUGGGGUCCAACGCGAUGAUUUGGGGGUACCUCAGGGCCGGGGAGCUUGGCAUGGCGCUGAGGGUGUUCGACGGAAUGGCGGAAAGGGACGUCAUUUCUUGGAGUGCUAUGGUUGAUGGGCUAUGUAAGUAUGGGACUGUGUCCGAGGCCAGGAGACUGUUUGAGGCAAUGCCAGAGCGGAAUGUGGUGUCCUGGACCUCGAUGAUCCGAGGAUAUGUGAAACGCGGGAUGUACAGAGAUGGUCUCUUGCUGUUCCUGGACAUGAGAAGGGAAGGUGUUCAGGUUAAUGCGAUUACACUCUCGGUUGUGCUAGAUGGUUGUGCUCAGGCCAGUCUUGUCGAUGAAGGGAUCCAGGUUCACUGCUUGAUGAUUAGAGUGGGGUUUGCAAUGGACAUAUUUUUGGGUGAUUCACUGAUAAUAAUGUAUUCUCGAUUUGGCUCGAUGGUUGAUGCUAGAAGGGUUUUUGCUUUCAUGAAGCAGAAAGACAUAGUAUCAUGGAACUCAUUGAUCACUGGUUAUGUUCAGAGUAACAUGAUUGAAGAUGCUCAUGUGCUGUUCAAGUUGAUGCCGGAGAGGGAUGCUAUUUCGUGGACGUCAAUGGUGGUUGGGUUUGCUAAUAGGGGUUGGAUGAGAGAGUCUGUUGAACUCUUUGAGCAAAUGCCUGUAAAAGACGAGAUUGCCUGGGCUGCAGUUAUUUCUAGUCUUAUUGCAAAUGGAAACCAUGUGAGUGCGGUGCGUUGGUUUUUUCAGAUGUCACAGGAAGGAUGCAGACCUAAUACUGUUGCUUUUAGUUGUUUGCUGAGUGCUUUGGCUAGCCUGGCUAUGCUGAAUCAGGGGUUGCAAGCUCAUGCUUAUGCAGUCAACAUGGGAUGGAUAUUUGACUCAGCUGUUCACGCUUCUUUGGUGACAAUGUAUGCAAAAUGUGGUAGGUUGGCUGAGGCUCAUCGUGUUUUCUCAUGCAUUAGCAAUCCAAGCCUUAUUGCCACUAAUUCUAUGAUUACAGCAUUUGCACAACAUGGCUUGGCUGAAGAUGCAUUCAAACUUUUUAACAGAAUGCAAUAUGAUGGCCAAAGGCCUAACCAUGUGACAUUUUUGGGAAUACUGACUGCAUGUGCUCGAGCUGGUUUGGUUCAACAAGGUUAUAACUACUUUGAAUCCAUGAGAUCAGCCUAUGGUAUUCAACCAAACCCUGACCACUACACAUGCAUGGUUGAUCUUUUUGGUCGUGCAGGCUUCCUUGAUGAAGCACCGGAAAUGAUUAAUUCGAUGCCCCAGAAAGAGUAUCGUGAUGCAUGGGCAGCUUUGCUUAGCUCUAGUCGCCUCCAUUCUAAUCUUGAUUUAGCAAAAUUAGCAGCACAGAGGCUUCUUGAGAUAGAUCCUUACGACGCAACAGCUUACACAGUCCUGUCAAACAUGUUCUCCUCAGCAGGGAUGAAGGAAGAUGAAGAAAUGGUAAAGGUUGCACAAUUAUCCAACAUGGCUAGUAAGAGUCCUGGGUAUAGCAUCAUCAUACAGGAUAAGGCUACAGAAAAUAACUAA